CUCCCCAACAGUACAAUAAGAACCCCCGCCCUUUAAAUUAAAUCCCCUGUUUUCUCCAAACUCACAAAAAUCCCAAAACCCUUCUCCCGUUCUCCCUCUCUCUGUUUUUCCCAGUCCAUCUCUGCGAUUCGUUCCAGCUAUGGCUGGUUCCGGUGCUUUCCCUCGUCUCGCAACUCUCCUUCUUGUCCUUCUGCAAACACAGCUGAUCGCCGGCGACCUGCUGUCGCCGAUUUUCCCUCCGAUCGUGGGCAACGUAUGUGAGAACGUGGAAUGCGGGAAAGGCAAGUGCAAGCCGUUGACUAACGCCACCAUCCCUCCUUACGAAUGCGAUUGCGACGACGGGUGGAAGCAGACCCGACCCGAUCCCAUGGACGGCGUCACUUUCCUCAAUUUCCUCCCCUGCAUUGUCCCCAACUGCUCCAUGGAUCUGUCCUGCAACAAGCCAGCAGAGGCGCCGGCUCAAGACAAGAUUGGCAGGUCCAAUACCACUCUUUUCGACCGUAAGAACUUGCUACAGACCUAUUUCUGUGAAACUACAAAGCUUUUCACUUGGCUUGCUUGUAAGGACUUUUGUGUUUGGUUUGUGGCAGCAUGUAACUGGGCAGAUUGUGGAGGAGGAUCCUGCAACAAGACAUCCUUGUUCACCUAUACCUGCCUAUGUUCCGAGGGAUACAAUAACCUUCUCAACACAUCCCUCUUUCCUUGCUACCAAGAAUGUGCGGUGGGGACGGAUUGCAAGGAUCUAGGGAUCACGAUGCAAAGCCCUCCUGCUCCAACGCCUGCACUGUCCCAAAACGACGGUGCUAAGAAUCAAGGGAGUAGAAUUGGAAGAGGGAUGAUGUUAAAUUGGGCUGUGGUGUUGAUGGCGUCGGUAGCUGUUGUGGUUCAGUGGCGAUAGAAAAGCAAGAGACUUGGUUUUGGUUAUGACGAUUAGGAAGACUAGAAGACCUGAGUUUUCUGCUACGGACUCUUUAUGAGGUUUUGGACAUGGCUGAUGUCUAUAAUACGUGCGCUGUUUCAUUUUGUUUCAUAGGAAUAAAACUGCGGGGGUGGGAUGGAUGAUUCUUCAUAUUUGGUAGAGAUUGUUGAUUGGUAACGCCAUUGCCAGGGCUUGUUAGUUAUGCUAGUAAUAAAGACUUGAAACAGAAAGUGCUUUUCAGUGAUUUGGUUGGUUGUAUAGAAGGACAACGCACUUGAUUGAAUGUUUUAUUCAUUGCC